UCAAGUAUUAGAGAAACAUUUUUUGCAAUUUUAUUUUUUUGUUCUGCUUCACUGUGUUAAAUGAAUGUUUUUUCCUAGUAUUUUCUUUAGCUAUACCUCUUGAGCAGUUAGAAAAAAUUGUAUUAUAUUCCAUUAUGUAUGACCAUUCUUAAACUCAGGGUUUCUAGUACCCCACAGUUCCUCAAGCAGGCCUAAAUAAUAUGAUACCCCUUCCAGAAGCUGUUCAGGUCAGGCUGAGUGUAGCAUACAUGUUUUCAAAUGAUGUGCCUACUAAGGGUCUUACUAACCAGAAAAGUAUUGUGACUUCCAACAGCAUAGGAGGGGUUUUUCCUUCAUGACCUCCUGAAUGCUGAGGGAGUUGCCAUGUUUUUCCUUAGCUCUGCUUUUAGUUACUGCGACAGCAACUGCUGCUACAGGAUUCUGAACAGAAAGAUUUCUAUUCUCUUGCCUUUGUUUUAUGAAAUUUUUACAGCUCAUUUAUUAUGAACAGAGGAAUAGAUAUUAAAAAAAAGGUGCAAGGUGAUAAAGCACAAAUAUCUAUCUGAUAUGCUCUGGGGUCUGUUCCCUGCUGCAGCAACCUGAGAUAAGCUAAUUCUGUUGUCUUGCUCUGCUGGCUGAGUAUAACCCAUGGUGUGACAAUGGUGAUAAAACUUCCAAUGUUUGUUUUAUAUUUAGGCCUGUAAUACCUUAUUUUGCUAAAGCUUUAUUCCUUAUUUUGCUUAAAUAUUGCAAAUCUUAAAAACUUUCAUGGCUCAAAGAACAUGCAGGUGAUUCUUCUAUGUGUUCACACGGCAUGUCAUGUGCUGACAAAAUUAAGGACUAAAGUUGUGCCCUUACUGUGUAAAUCCACAGAAAACCCACUUCAGAGAUCAGCCUUUAUCAGUAGGACACAUUUAUAAUGAUCCAGAUGUAGCUGCUCAGGUGGCUUUGGCACUUUUUUUUUUUUUAACUUAAAUAUGGUCUUACAAGCUCUGGCAUGAAGAUAGCUAUAAAGCAGCUGGAGAAUGGAAAAAUCAAAUAUGACAUGUUCAUCCUGGAUAGGAAUGUGCUUCUCAGUUAUACAACUAUCAUUCUGUAUUCAACUGCAUUUACAAGAUUUGUCUUGUUACCUUCUUGGAAGUUCACAGGUUAUUUGACACUCCCUUGGGCUAUAAAUUAUGGGCACAUGCCUACUGAAGUGUGAUUUAUUAUUUUUAUAAAAACCCCCACAACCUUACGUCCCACAUUUCACUGCAAGGAGGCUUCUUUGCAUGCCAAACCUUUACAUUGUGAGGAACCACCACUUUUUUGGAUUGUGUUGCUCACGGAUCUCAGUCAACUCCUCUCACCAUGAAGAGUUUUGCACUUCUUUUCCUAGUAGUGACCUGUGGCAUAGGAGGAUUGGGACAGAAGCUGAAGCCAAAGAAAAGAAGCAACGGUGAAGAAAUCAAUUUUCGGACUAAAACUAGAGAUCCUUGCAAAAUGAGCAUAAGUGGAGAUGAGGAGAUGAGCCUGAGGAUUGAGUGCAAAAGCCAAGGCAUGUCCUACUGGUGUGAAUUCACUGGCAAGCCAUCCGUCUGUCGUGCUUUCAGAAACAAUCCGAAGAUUUACUGGAAUCAGAUUGCCAUGGAACUAAGAAAGCUCCCACAUGCUUGUGAAUCCACAGAAGUGUUGAAGAUCACCAUGUGCCAAAAGGCUCCCACAGAGGCUCUCAUGAAGCAAAUAGCUACUGGUAUGGAGCCAGAAGAUCUAGCAACUUCCACUUGUAUGACGGGAGAAGCAAAAAGCUCUGUUAAGAAACCUCCAAUAUUACCUCUUAUAAAAGCAACCCAACAUGGUCAAGGGUCUGAAAAUGAAACAGAAGCAAUGAAACUGGCACGGGAACAUUGCUGGGAAUCCUUGCAUGGUUUCUGCUCUUACAUCAUUGGCAUCUUUAGAGGUUAAGGACUUCAGGUAAAACUCCCAUUUUGAAGCACAGCAGAAUAUUCCUAAGAAUAAUCCUGUUGUAGUUGUUCUGUUUUAUUUUGAUCUUGGAGAUCUACCAGGGGUGUGGACUGGGGCUCUCUCACUAAAAUAUAAUGUGGCAAAGCCUGUGUUGUGCCUUCUGAUGGGCUGGACGGCUUAAACUCCCAGUGAUGGCUACUAGUUCAGGACUCCCUGACAGCCUCUGCUGAGGUCUUUAGUCUGUACCGAGACAUUUGUUCUAUCUGUUAUUAAUCCUAUGGUAUAUCAGUACUAACUGUUUGAAUUUGGCUUGUUUUCUGCCUCCUGUCAUUCCUCCCCUCUUGUGCUGACUUUUGGAUUUAAGUCAGUGGAAUAACGUAAAUAUCAAAUGCAUUGGAUACAAUAACCAACACAUCAGCUUGAGCAAUCUGGACCUGCAGGUGUUUAGGCUGCUAAUGAUAUUACUUGUGCUCAAUACAGCAAAGUGACUAAUUAUUUUUUCUUUUUUGUUUUGCAGAGCAAAAUUAUUACAGCUGAAGAAGGGUCCUUGCUGUAGUUUAAUAAAUUAGAUAUAAGAAUUUUAGCUUUAAAAUGUCAUCUCUGUAAAUCUUGUAGCUGUUUUAUCUUUGCACCCUUAAAAUGAAAUUUGUUGGCAGCCCUGAAAAAUGCAUGAAACUGGAAAGACUACUUAUGGUGUUAGGAUGAAAUAACUGUUCCUAGGUGUGGUGCACACCAAGGUGUACUGCAUUUAUGUAACCAAGGUUCCACUUUCAGUGUGCUGACCUUGAGUAGACUUUUAUGUGUGCUGAUUUGCUUCUGUUUGUGGGAGAUAAAAGCUGUAAAUAAGACCACAGUUAGUGCAAACAAUAAAA